UCUAUUGACAGUGCAAAUUUAGAUGCAGCAGAUGACCCACAAGAGGUCCUUACAGUGUUAGUAGACCUGCUCAAUGAUAAAGAAGAGGCUUUAGCCCACCAAAGGAAGGUGAGCUACAUGCUUGCUAGGACUAUAGAAGACAAAGUGGAAUCUUCAAGAAACCAUAAGAGAAGUUCUCGGAAAGAGACUGCUGCUGUUGGUGACCAUCACUGUUGCAUUGACCUAAAGGAAAAUGUUCCAUGCCCAGUUGAAACAGAUCCCACCACAGAUGAAAGUCAUAGCAUGAAGCAAGAUUUGCUUAGGUCCUUGGAAACCUCUUAUUCUUUGCAGCUAAAGGAUGUUUAUCCUCAACGAAAAUACAAAAAUAGAACUUCCCCUGAUCAAGAAGCACAACUAAAGGAAGAAGAGUCUCAAACAUAA